UUUUUCAUCCACUUUUUUCGAAAUAAUAAUUUCGCUUCUAAAUCUUCUGUUUCCGGUAAUUAGGAUUGAAAUCAGGAACGUCCAAAUUAUAGCUAAGUGCACCAUUUCGCAGCUAGACAUUAUAUCGUAGAUGUUAGGCGCUGCUAGAACGUCAACCGUUCAUCGCCUACAGAGACUUCGCUUCUCCCUCAGCAUGCAGAGCGAUCAGCAGAUCAGAGUGCAACAUGACAAACAGGGCAAAGAAUUCUUCAUUUCCUGCGAAACUGGAGACAGGGCGGUCCUGACCUAUGAAAACAUGAGUGAAGACUCCGUAGACUUGCAGCACACGGUGGUCCCGGAGUCGCAGCGUGGUAAAGGACUGGCCAAAAUUCUCGCCAAGGAAGCUCUAGGAUACUUCGCAUCGCAGCAGAAGCAGAUGCAACUAUCGUGCUGGUAUCUCAAGAAGUAUGCAGCUGAGAAUCCUGAUCAGUCUUACGAUGCAUUUAUCAAACACCAAAAAUAACCCGAUCAAUCAUUCGAUUCGUUAUAAGACUCUAAAAACAUCCUAAUAAAUAUUUCAAUGCAUUUAUUAGACACCAUUGACGCCCUAAUUAGUUGCUUUAUUUAUCGAAAAGUGAAUACAACUCGAUAACUCGAUUAAUUUAUCCAACACAAAGGUAUUCGCGAUCAAUCUUUCAACUCAUUUAUCGAACAUUGUUAUUCAUUUAUCAAGCACUGCGGAUGUCCCGAUGAGUCUACGAUUAAUGUAUCAGGCAUUCCAGACGCCACUAAUGUCGCACAUUUGACCCAGUCGUUUGGAUCACAAGAAACAGCAAGCAACAGUAGCUUUUAAAAUAUUCAUAGCACAAAAUCUUUAUUCAUAAAGCUGUGGUAUGAAUAUCUGUGGGUGUGUCGUCAUGUCAGUAUAGACGGGACCAGUCAUGACUGGUACACAUACUGUCGUGCGCUUAGAAUCAGGGAGCACGAAACUCCCCUGUGUACGUCUGAUUUCUGUAGAAAGCUUGGAACGUCAUAGAUUUAUAAAUACAUUGCCUCAAUUCAAGCAUUUCAGUUAUAAAUUCAAUUCAAGCAGUUCAAUUAUAAAUACAUUAGUUAAACUGAAGACGUUCGAGUGUAAAAUUUGUCGAGUUUAAAUUGAUCAGUUAAUAAUUGCAGUUAUAAAUAAAUUGUUUCACCGUACUUUUAAUUAAUCCUUAACAUAACUUUUAUUCAUGUUGCUUAACUCUCUCGACUCGCUGUCAUUCACAAGUUAUUUUAUUUAUUUCGAACCGGAAUUCGGUGCUCUGAGCGUUCAUUAAAAUAAAUAGAUCGACUUAUU